AUGCUGAGUAAACGAAAAAAUGAGAUGCCGGAGAGCGGAGUGGGAGGUCGUGCUUCAUGCGUUCCGUCACGAGACCUGGUGCUAACAUUGCUUCAUCAAGGUCGAAGAGGAUUGCUCGAAGCUUACGAUACUCAAAGGAGGUUAUUUCACAAAAUGAAAAGACGUUUAUCGUCGUUUGCAGCAGAAAUCGGUGAAUGUGUCUAUGAUGUCGAUGACAACCAAAUAAGUCUAGCAAUGACCCUGUCGUCAAUACCACCGGAGAAACAAUCGCUGUUUGGCUCGAUUCUUUUCAAUCGAGGGAUCACUGGUGCACGGUGA